AUGGCAACAUCCGAAGAUGAAAUCACCAUCAAUGAUAGUUCAUAUGAAUGUUCUUAUAAAUACACAAAAUCAUCUUUGUCAAAACUUUUAAAAGAAAAACCAAAUGAAUUUCGUAUUAUGAAAAAAGAAAAAACAAUGAGUAAUUGUUGGUCAAUUUUUGGACAACCAGCCCGAAAAAACGAACAAGGAACAUAUGUAAUUAUUGAAGGUUUUGUUUCUUGCUCCAAAUGUUUAAAAACAUAUGCUUAUAAUUCAAAUACUGGAACAAAAACUUUGAACGCACAUUCAUGUGUAAAACAAUUUAUAUCUAAUUUAAAUAGUCAAGAAGAAAAUGAAAAUAUUUUAUCAUUAAAUAAUACAAAUAAUAGUACAAUUUCUACUCCAUCAUCAACAUCAACAAUGGCUAUUUAUUCACCAUUGAAUCGUAUGGGAUUGAUUAGUCGAAAAAAAUUAUCUGACAAAGAAAUAACAAAAAUCAAAGAUUUAAGUGCAUUUUGGCUGUGUGAAGCAUUACGACCUUUUUCGAUUAUGGACGACAUAGGCUUAAGACGUCUUGUUCAAGAAUGUAUCAAUAUAGGUGCCAAAUAUGGUUGUAUUGAUGUUGAUAUGGUGUUGCGUCACAGAUCGGUAAUUAGUAAUCAUAUAAAACAAUUGGCAACAACAUCUCGUCAAAUGUUAACAUCUGAUUUCAUUGAACCCUUAAGUGUUCAAGCGUUGACCGUCAUUCCAGACUUAUGGUCUGACAAAUACAAUCAAAUUAGUUUUCUUGGUGCUACAACUACAUAUGUAGAUGCUACAUUUAAUUUCCGGUGUUUUGAUUUAUUCUGUCGUGAAUAUCAGGAAUUGAAUAAACAAAGUGAAAAUAUUCUUACAGCACUGAAGAAAAAUUUAAUGGACUUUAAUAUUCACAAUUUAUCAUCAGUUAAUUUGUGUUCGGAUCGAGGUUCAAAUUUUGUGAAAUGUUUUAAACAAUUCCGUCCCGUUCAUUGUUAUGCACAUCGUAUUAACAACAUAUUAGCACGAACUUUUUUUAAAAGCGAUCAAUCAAAAAAAUCAAAACAAUUUUCAUCAUCAUUAUUAGCAUUAAAAGAUGAAAGUUCUGAAUCAUCAGCAAGUGAAGGUGAACUCGAAUGCCAUGAAUCGGAUGAUGAAAGUAUUCCAUCAAUGAAAAUUAAAAAAACGAAAAAGGUCAAUGCAUCAUUUACAACUGAUAAUACAAACUACAGAAAAAUUAAUCAUAUGCAAUUGAAACUCGUCGAUAUACCUAUUGAAGCACAAGCUUUAAUUGAACAAAUUUCCAAAGCAAAAAAAUUAGUGAAGUACAUAAAAAAAGCUAGUUUAAAUCAAGAAAUUCGUGAUAUUGCUGGUUCAACAUUAAAACAAUGUACUCAAGUUAGAUGGUUAUCAUUGUCUGAUACACUUAUCUCGAUUGUAAAUUCAUAUUCACAAAUAAAAACAGUAUUAACUCGUAAAGGUCAAGCUGCUCGAAUGACUGGAAUUAAUAAAGCUGAUCUGAUGGCAAUAGUACGGUUAUUAAUUCCAUUUAAAAUAAUUUUAACAGCUGUGCAAUAUGGAACAGGACCAUCUCUUCAUAUGGUCUUAUUGUCUACAUUACAACUUCGACAAGUUUUAUCGUCUGCUGAUAAUUUAUAUGAUUUUUAUAAAACAUAUUAUAAACAACAUGAUCAAUCGAAUGAAGUCGAUGGUGGCUUAUCAACAACAAAAGCAUUAGAUACAGAUGACGAUGAUGAUAAUUAUUUUGAAGGAGCUGGUAUUAAAUUCUUACGUCUUCGGUUAUUAUCGUUGCUCAAUUCAAUGUUUGAUAUUGAUAUACGGCAUUAUGCAUCGGUGUUUUUACAUCCAAAAUAUCAUACUUUAAAAUAUUGUACGAAAGAAGAAAUACGUUUAACACAUAAAUUUGUUCGUGAUGAAAUUAAAGCUAUGAAUCAUUUAUCAUCACCUGCAUUACCUGAAGCAGUUGUACAACCACCGAAAAAAAAACAACGUCAACUAUUUGAACAAUUUACAUAUGAUAAUACAUUCGAUUUUCCUGAACAACAUGAUGAUGAUGAUGGUGAACCAUCUGCAAGUUAUUUCAACAACAGAACUGCAGAUGAAGUUACUCAAUAUAUGUGUUUGGUUGGAAAAGUAAACAAAAACAAGGACAAUGAAAAUCCAUUACCUUGGUGGUUUGAACAUAAAUCAAAAUUGCCCAAGUUAUCAUUAUUAGCUCGUCGAUUAUUUUCAAUACCAGCGACUUCAGCCAGCGUCGAGAGACAAUUUUCCAGUGCUGGUUUAGUUUAUACUGAACGAAGAAAUCGUUUAAAUACUGGUCAAUUAGAUAAUGUAUUACUUGUACGUGCAAUGCAACACGCAAAGAUAAAUGAAGUCAAAUAA